AGGAAGCUGACAAUUUUGGAAUUGCAUUUGUGGGCGGUGAGCUCACACUUUGCUAAUGGUGUUCUUUUUUACUUGCUCAGAUCCUCGAUAUGUCGUUUACAUGGGAAAGGACAAGUACGAGAACGAGGAGUUGCUGAAGUAUGGAUUUCCAGAGGACAUCUGGUUUCAUGUUGACAAACUUUCUUCAGCCCAUGUGUACCUUCGGCUACCAGCAGGAAGUGUAGACCUUGCUGGGGUGAAAGACAAGGCAGAGGCGAAGCAGAGGCUGCUGGAUGCCAUCGCCUCCGUUCCUGAAGAGAUCCUUGGCGAAAUGGCGCAGCUGACGAAAGAGAACUCCAUCGAAGGCUGCAAGGCAGCUCAGUGCGACAUUGUUUACACACCUUUCCUCAACUUGAAGAAGGAGGAUCAGAUGGAAGUGGGCCAGGUUGGCUUCAGGGAGGAAUCAUUCCGAACCUUGAUGAAAAACGUGGCCAAGGACAAAGAUGUGAUCAAAAAAUUGGAAAAGACGAGGGUCGAAAAAAAGGUCGACCUUGCGAAGGAAAAAGAGCAGAGAGAUAGCGAGGAGCGCGCACGGAGAAGAAAGAUCAUCGAGGAGAGGAAGAAAACGGAGAAGGAAGAAGCGAAGCGAAAUGCGGAAGAGAAGGACCUGAAAACGUAUGCUGCCCUCCAGCACCUGGAAAAGACCACAAAUGUGGGUGUGUCACAGACAGGGUCCAUAGAGGAGUGCAGGCAGAUUGAGGAAGACUUCAUGUAGCUGCUAAGCCGCUCCAAGUCAAUCUCCCAAGCUUCGUUUCAGAUUGUCGUAGUUGGAACACACAUUUCGCCAGCUAGAUCGAACUGGGGCAC